CGCGGAUUUAGCCGCUAAUUUCAAGACCAAUCACUGCAAUUGCGCCUGUGAAUUUUUUCCAUCCAACGAAAUCAUGCUACUUUCUCGCGCAAUUCUUUGCAUCCUCAUCGUCGAUCGUUUUGCACCGUCUUUCAUCCAGCAGCCGCGUAAUUGAAUAUUCUUUGACCCUGGAGAAAAUCUAGACACGAUCCCUGUACCUGUGUCGAAGAAUCCGAACGAACUAACUCGUGUGUCUAUUAAUCUCCUUGGCAAUAGAAUUUCACACAACUCGAACGUUCGCGUCUAUCGUCGAUGGUUUGAUUCACUUUCCACUUCUCAAUCGCUUUUAACUUUUGGAAGAGCGUGGUGCUCCAUGAUCGGAUGUCGAAGUCUGCUCGGAGAAGUACGAGACGAGUUUCAAGACGUCAAUUCAUCAUAGAUACGAUUAAUUAUUAGACUACUUGAAAUGUUUUAUGUAAAUCGAGUGGAAACUUCGAGCGGAGGAUCCGUAGCACAUUUUAUGAAUUAAAGUUGAAUUAUUCGUAAAGUAUGGUUUAUUUAAAACUGCUUGCAGAUAUUUCGUCACGAGACAAUAUAACGUUGGACACAACAAGUUAAAUUUUAUGGAACACUGUAACUUAAAAUCUGUCUUUUCUCAAAAAAAUGUUAAAUGUACAAACUGUUCUCACUCGAUUCGUAUUUCCACAAUUGUAAAGAAAUAAAUCCUACAUAAAGACUCGUUCUAUUCAAAUUUUAUAACGAUUUGCUACGCUCUGAAUAUUUUACGUAUUUCUGGUACAUCGCACGUGUUUUAGCAAUUUUAAAUUUCCCAUAAAUUCUAUCAAUUUUCCAUAAACAUAUGCUACAAAAGUAAAUCAGAAAUACAAUAAAGAAUACGAUGUUGCGCAGCAAACUGGCGAUUGUCUGUAUUCAAUCUCCGAUUGAGACAUUCGUGCACGUUGAAUCGAAUACACGAAGACUGAUGGAAUGUUUCCGACAGGACAGGGACGCAUGAAUCAAUUGGGAGGCGUCUUCAUCAACGGCCGACCGCUACCGAAUCACAUUCGCCUGAAAAUUGUCGAAAUGGCAGCGGCUGGAGUCCGCCCUUGCGUGAUAUCGCGACAACUUCGCGUCUCUCACGGCUGCGUUUCGAAAAUUUUGAAUCGCUACCAGGAAACUGGCUCCAUUAGACCGGGCGUCAUCGGCGGUAGCAAGCCGAGGGUAGCAACCCCUGAAAUCGAGGCGAGGAUAGAAGAAAUGAAAAGGGACAAUCCGGCAAUCUUCUCGUGGGAAAUCAGAGAAAAAUUGGUGAAGCAGGAAGGUUUCUCAGACCCUCCAAGUGUCAGCUCCAUCAGCAGGUUACUUCGCGGUGGACGACCUGGUGAUGAUGGGAAAAAGGACUACACCAUCGAUGGUAUACUAGGCGGCGGCCGUUGUGGUGAUGAAUCCGAUACGGAAAGCGAACCUGGAAUUCCUCUAAAGCGAAAGCAACGGAGAAGCAGGACGACAUUCACUGGGGAACAACUAGAACAACUGGAGACAGCGUUCCAGCGUGCUCAGUAUCCGGACGUUUAUGCUAGGGAAGAAUUGGCUCAGAGGACUGGUCUCACGGAAGCAAGAAUUCAAGUGUGGUUCAGCAAUCGCAGAGCGCGACUACGAAAGCAUGCAGGAAGCAUAGUUCACUCGGUAGCAAACUUGCCAUUGACUCCCUGUCAAUAUGCGAGCCACGAGCUUGCGCAAAUACCACAAGUCCCUCAAAUACCACCUGGAAUAACACAAGUUCCAACCACGUUGCACCAUAGUCCAACGACGUUGCAACAAGCAAGCACCGCUGUUCAUCAGGUUCCAGGAACCAAUGCACAGAUGUCAACCACCACUUCCGUAGCCCAAGUGCCUUCCACGAUCGGUAGUGCCCUUCAAGGACACGCGGUGUCGAUUUCGGGACAUUUGAGUUCUUUACAGGGGCACGCGAUGCAACUUGGACAAGUACCGACGAUUCAGCCUCCUGCGGCUCACGGAGCACCUACUACCCUCUCUCAUAAUCCUAGUAACACCGAUUGGUCCAGGGCGCAACUCGGCUGGGGACAGUUCAAUCACUUCCAAGGCGAAUAUACGUCGAGUCAUUCGAGUCAUCAACAUUCCUCACACGCGAGUCAUGCUGGUACACCGUCUUCUGGUACCGGGAAUUCUGCAUCGGCGGCGGAGUGGUACGACCAGGGCUACGAUUAUUCCCAACACGCUCAGUUGAACUAUCAUCGAAGCGUGGGCGGCAUAUUUUAACGGACGAUGAUUGCAUGGGCAUUAGUAAAAGUCAGUUAGGUAUCGAUCGACGUUUUAUUGCGCAUUAUGGGUUUCGCCUUCUGGAGAACUUUCCGGUUCUCCAUCUUCUUCGUCGAUAAUCCUUGUGAGUUUAGCAAGUUUGCUUUGUCUUUACUUUAGACAGUCGAGAUGUCUGAGAAAUAAAAAUAAAGAAAAUGGAUAAAGGUGGAUUUAGAUAUGUCCUGUUUGUCUCUCGUGGUCUUCGAGUUAUAUUGUACAUUUUGUAAAUAAUGCAAGAUAGAAUGCGGCAUUUACACUGUUGGGCAAGAGUUUUAAAUCGCUGUACAUUCCAAAGAAUGACAAAGCUUUCAACAGUUCUUAAUAAAGAAUAAGCGACGUGGCAAUAUGUUGGCACAAUACGCAUUUUAGUGCUGUAUUAAUAUAACAUUAAUUGUAAUAUAGCUAGCAAAUCCUAUACAAACUGCAUAAGUCGUAUGAGUAUCAAAGAAUAAUCUGUAAAAUACAGAAAGAAAUUAUUUAUUAAAUUAUUAGUUGUUUUAUUUAAAAAAUUAAUAUUUUGUAUUUAACAUCGUCCCUAAAUUAGAGAAAAAGUGUGCUAUAGGAAACAUUCUCGGUACAGGAAUGCAAUCGCUUAUUAAUUAGAUGAGGAAUAAAAAAUUAAUGUUUGUAUCGAAAAAUUUCGUAAAAAUUUCCAUAUGUGUCUAUUUUUGUAAAUAAAUCGAUAUAUUU